GGCGCCGAGGAAGAGGCCAUGGCGCAGCAGCAGCAGCAGCAGAGCCGGCGGCGGCGGCCCACCGCGGCGGAGCUGAUGGACCGCAAGCAGCACGAGCUGUACUUCCAGCAGAUGCGGGAGCUGGAGCACCGGAAGAAGCUGGACCGCGUCCACCAGCUGGAGGUGAUGUGGGAGGCCGAGGACCGCGUCCAGCAGAAGCGCGUCACGCGGCUGCUGCGGGAGGAGCAGCACGAGCAGUGCCUGGAGGCGGCCUUGCAGAAGGCAGAAGAGAAUAAAAGGCUGAAAGACCUGGAAUUGCAACAGGAAGAAAAACUGGCAGCUGAAUUAGCAAGAUUAAACCAUGACAAACUGAGAGAUGAAAAGAUGAGGCAACAGAUCAGAGAAAACAGUAUUGAACUGCGGGAACUGGAGAGGAAAUUGAAAUCUGCAUAUAUGAAUAAAGAGAGGGCUGUUCAGGUUGCUGAGAAAGAAGCUCUGAAAUAUGAAAAAAUGAAGGGGGAUGCAGAGAUCUACCGAGCAAUGAAGGAAGAACAAGAAAGAGCAGUCAAGGAGAAGAAUGCUGUUGAAAUUAGGCGCAAUCAGGAGAAGCUGCUCUAUCAACAAGAACUGGAGAAGCAGCUGGAGGAGCAAGAGCGGCAGAAGCAGGCUGCCUACAAGGAGUUCCUUAGAGAGAAACUCUUGAUUGAUGAAAUUGUGAGGAAGAUCUAUGAGGAAGAUGAAAAGGUGAGACAAGACAGACUAGAGAAAAAAAGGACCACACAGAGGUUCAUUGAAGAAUUCAAAAAAGACCAGGCCCUGCGGAAGAGAAGGCAGCAUGAGGAGAUGGAAGAGGAGAAUCGGAAGCUCAUGGAAUUUGCUAACAUGUGGCAGGAGAGAGAAGACACCCGGAUGGCCAAGAUUCAUGAAAAUGAGGAGAAAAAAAGAAAGCUCCAGCAAAUGCUUGCAGAAGUUUUGAAAAAAGAACAACAGGAGCGAGAGGAACUUGAUCAGAUCAGAGCCGAGUUGCACUUUGAAGAACAAGCUGAGGCAGAGAGGAAGAAGGAGAUGGAAGAGAUGGAGAAGAUGAUCAGGCAGCGCAUAGAGCUACGGAACUCGUACGAAGAACAGUUGGCCUCAAGGAAAGUGCUGCUGCAGGCCUUGAAGGAAGAGGAGGCGGCCUUUUGCCAGGCCAUGUUGGCCAAAUUCGCAGAAGACGACCGUAUCGAGCAGAUGAACGCUCAAAAACGAAGAAUGAAGCAACUGGAACACAGGAGAGAAGUAGAGAAGCUGAUCGAAGAACGACGCAAACAGUUCAUUGCAGGCAAGGAACGUGAAGUAGAAGAAAGACAAAUAGACGAGAGGAGGAAAGGACGUAUCGAUGACAUCAUUGAGGAGGAGCGACAGAAGCUUCUUAAAGAGCACGCAGUUAAACUCCUGGGGUAUCUUCCGCGGGGAAUUCUUAAGGACGAGCAAGACGUCAACAUACUUGGAGAAGAGUUCCGGCAAGCUUACCAAAAGAGAACAAGGGACGGGCUUUCCGAAGGCAACUGAGUUUUCACCGCUUCCCCUUUAGAGUCCUCCUAGGAGCCACCUGGCCACAGAAGCUGCAUCCGCUGCUCCACUGACAUGAUAUCCCAUCAGCUCUCUCUUGGAAGUCUGCAAUUUUAGUUGACAGACUAGAGCUCUCUUUGAUCAUUCCAAGUGUUGGAAGCGUUUUUAACAAAUAAUUUGUAGUAUUCUCUGCUAAGUUAGUGAUUUAAAACAAGCCAAAGAAGCUUUUGUUAUUGGGGCACCCCUGAAUGUAAAUAGCCUUCUUCAGUGGCUGCAGCUGUCAUUUCUCCAGUUAGCUCCUACUUUUGAUACGAUGUCCUAUUACAUUUCUUUUAUUAUAUUAACUGAAAAAUGCUCCCGAUCGAUUAAAUCAUUUCCUGUACUUUUAUUUUGAAAAAAAAUCCUUUAUAAAGCUACUUCAAAUAAUAAAAACUAAGGGACUCUCUGGUCUUAAUGGAGUAUGGUGAGCAUCCAAAUUAUUUCAACAGCCUGGAAGUUUAACAACAGCUAUAAAUUAAAAGAGUGGCAAAGGUUAGGUUAACCUUGCUAAGUGAUGAAGAAUGAGAAAGCUUUUAGCAAAAAUGUUGGUGGGAAGAGGCAAACAGGCUAAGUAUAAAGCAUAUAUUCUGCCUUUUUCCC